ACACAUCAUUUAUUUCAUUAUGUAGGAUCCGAAAACGAAAUUACACCAAUAUAUAUUAUUUUUUUGUGGUGUUUGCUUUGCCCUUUAGUAUUUCUGAACAAUUAUCCACUUAAAUCUAAAUAUUCAAUCUGUAAAGAAAUCGAAAUCAAAAUCAAAAUCCUCAAUUUUCUAAUUGCUCUUGUUUUUUUUUUUGAACAGAACUUAUAAUUUUUUGGGUGGUACAUAAACCAUAAAAGCUGCAAAAGCUAUUCCAAUUUAUUUUAUUUAUGAGAAAUUAAAUUAAACAAAAAAAGUUGAGAAACAAGUGGCAUCUGAGUAUGAAAUAAAAUGCAAAGGAGGUUUGACACGAUACGAACAACGCACGCAGCAGCGAGUGGGACAACACGUGGGUCUCAGGAGACUUUUUUGUCCCAACACACUAACACAUAAACAAAAUCAUGCCUUUGACUCGUAACUAGAAGAAGAAGAAGAGACAGAACAAAAUCUCAGGACUUUUCUGCAAUUUUUGGCCGGAGAUCUCAGCUAUGCCGGAGCCCAAAUCUCAUGACGGGCUCCCGCCGGGUUGGAAAGUUAAGGUAAAAGUCAGACCUGAUGGAAGAAAAAAAGACAAGGGUAGAGGCAUUACGCUAUCUGGGUACUCCACUAAACAACCAUGACCAACUAAAAAAGAAGAAUAAAGCAACUUCCAAGCAAGCUCAAAAAAUUCAGUACACUGAUCCUUUUAGCAAAAAUGUAUUCCACUCAAUGAAAGCUGUAAUUCAGUAUGUUGAAACUGAGGAACAAGGAAUGGUUGCACAGAACACAAAAGGCAGUACAGAAAAAGACUUGGAAGACAAUAAAACCUUUUCAACUAGUGUGAUACAGCAAUCAGCAGUCAGCAAAGCAAGGAGACAUAUUAAUUUUAGUCAGAGCUCGAACAUGAAUGAUAUAGAGCAGGAGGAACAACAACACUCGUCAACUCAACUCUUAGCCCCCUCUGAGCAUGAAGAUCAGUGUGAGACGGGCGUAGCAAUGAGCAACUCAGAUCUGCAAGAAGCCCAAGUGCAAGAGCCCAAAAGAGGAGAAGGUGGUAAUGCAGUUUCACCAGCUAAGAAAUAUCCCAAAGAUCAGUUGAUAAACCCUGAAAAUGAGAAGGCUGAACAUGGUCUAUGCAAAUCCAAGAAAGAGAAAGUGCCUGAGCUGCCACGACGUGCUUCAAAAAGAUUAGCAGGACUUGAAGUAGACCCAGUGCCAGAACUGAGGCCAAGAACUCGAGCACGUCGAGCUGCAGUCGAGGAGUCAUGUGAUGAAGUAGCAGGACUUGAAGAAGACCCAAUGCCAGAACUGAAGCCAAGAACUCGAGCACGUCGAGCUGCAGUCGAGCAGUCAUGUGAUGAAGUAGCAGAACUUGAACUAGACCCAGUGCCAGAACUGAAGCCAAGAACUCGAGCACGUCGAGCUGCAGUCGAGCAGUCACAUGAUAAAGUAGCCGGUACAGAUAAAGAUUCUGCCCAUGGUAACGGAGUUACUAAUACGUCAAAAACUGCAGAAUCAGAAGAGCAGGUUGGAAAUGUGGAAGCAAUUACUAACUGCAGCAAAAAUCAAGGGUCUCAUGGUUGUUCCUUGGCGAGUGAAAAUCCUCGAUGUGAGCAGCAGAGAAAUGUUGAAAGUGGUGAUACAAAACUAGGAUUCCCCAUCGACUUGCCUUUUCAUGAAUUGUUGACAGAUCCAUGCAUUGCAUUUGCAAUAAGAACUCUUACUGGAAUAAACUUUGGCUGCUCCGAGAGCUCAGAAGUUCUUCCUGGGUCCAUAACUAGUAGUGAGCAUUUUUCGGUCAACAUGGCUUCAGAUAUGUUUAAAGUAGAAACAGAUAAUAUGGUUGGCACAAAAGGAGGGAGCUCCAACACUUUUCCUUCUGGGAACAUUUCCAGUCUUGAAGAACAUUCAGAAUCUGAAACCAGGGCUGAUGAGAAGUUAGUCUCUCCUAUUGAAUUUCCUAGCGAGGAAUCUUGGCAAGAUCCAUGCAUUGAAUUCGCAAUAAAAACUCUGACUGAUGACAUUCCAGAAAACUAUGAACAGAAUAUCCAACAGUACUUUGAGCAGCAGCUAAGUUUAGGAGGACCCGGACAAAGUGAUCACAACACAAGCUUAAUAGAUAAAUUUUGCCAAGCUGAAUAUUCUCGUCAGCCAUUUCACAAUGUCGUCGAGAAACCUGCGCCUGCACUCAUGCACAAAAGAACUGCAAGCAACAGACAAAGUUCCCGCCGAUCUGUUCGAAACAAAAACGGAAAAGAAAGACAAUAAGAUGUGGCAUGAUGAGCACGAGGCAUAAGGCAAUUUUCCUGAACUGACUUGAAAAGUUUGUAAAAUAGAUAGAACUACCAGUACUAAUAGCACUACUACUGAGUCUGUUAGUUUUAACCUUUCCCUGUUUUGUGUCAGUUUUUUGUUGUUGUAACCAUGUAGAUCCCUGAUCAGAACUGAUUAUGCAUUGACACUUCUAGGCAGUUUAUUUUGCAAGAA